GCGGAGAUGGAGAGGAAAUUCAAGGUUUAUGUGUAUAAAGAAGGAGAACCCCCCAUGGCCCACGAUGGGCCAUGCAAGGAAAUGUACUCAAUAGAAGGAAGGUUCAUAAACGAGCUGGAGCAUGGUACUACGAGGUUCAGGACAAGUGAUCCUGAGCGUGCUCACAUUUACUUUUUGCCUUUCAGUGUGACUUCAAUGGUGGAGUACCUAUACCGCCCUCUUACGUAUGAUCUUGUUCCACUUAAGCAGUAUGUAGCAGAUUAUGUGAAAGUUGUGUCUACUAGACAUCCCUUUUGGAAUAGAACUAGUGGGGCUGAUCACUUCAUGCUUGCCUGUCAUGAUUGGGGUCCUCUGGUAUCUGAAGCCAACCCUCAACUCUACAGCAGAUCCAUCCGAGGCCUCUGCAAUGCCAACUCCUCCGAAGGUUUUAACCCUCAAAAAGAUGUAAGCAUCCCCGAAAUCCACCUCUUCGGUGGCUACCUACCAACCAAGCUUCAAAACCCACCACCCUUAACUGAACCAAGACCUCAUCUGGCAUUCUUUGCCGGCGGAGUCCACGGCCCAAUCCGCCCCAUCCUUUUGGAUAACUGGAAAGGCCGUGACAAUGAUAUGAAGGUUUAUGAGUACCUCCCCGAAGGAGUGGAUUACUAUUCCUUUAUGCUCCAAUCAAAGUAUUGCCUGUGUCCAAGUGGGUAUGAAGUGGCCAGCCCUAGAGUUGUGGAGUCUAUAUAUGCAGAAUGUAUACCAGUGAUUUUGUCAAAAAAAUUUGUGCUGCCAUUAAGUGAUGUUUUGAGAUGGGAGUCUUUCUCGGUACAGGUAAAAGUAUCAGAUAUUCCAAGACUGAAGGAGGUGUUGACGUCAAUUUCUGAGGAGAAGUACAUGAAACUGAAGGAGAAUUUAAGAGCUGUUAGGAAACAUUUUAUGUUAAACAAACCUGCUCAGAGAUUUGAUGCGUUUCAUAUGAUCUUACAUUCCAUAUGGCUUAGAAGGCUAAAUAUGAGACUUAGCUGACGAUUA